AUGAAUAGAUCUGGUGUUAGAUUCCCACGUAGGGAUCAUUACGUUGAUGAGAAUAAUGUGCUUGGUGAAAUCUUGGAAGACAUAGAAUGUUUGGAUUCAGCCGAGUUAGACAACGAAAACCUGGAUAUAUUAAACGACGACACAUUUGGAGACCUUGGAGAUUCACAAUGGGAUCCUACAGAGACCUUUCUGGAGGCAGAGAGACUCAAGAAUGCCAGCAAAACUAAGCCACGUCGCACCUCCACCGACUUGGAGAAAUUCAGCGACUUUGACUUUUUUCUAAGAAAGCCUGAGGAAAUAACAAGAGCAAAAAAAGAUCUUAAUCGAAAGAAGAAGGAAAAGAAGACCAUCGAGGCAAUUCUCGAAGUGACCGCCGAACCCGAAGAGCGAGUUUGGGAAGAAGACGUCAAGAAGCUGCGGGACCUGGGAAUGUUUGAUAUAACGAGCGACCACAUAGACCUGCUGUUUGCUAAGAAGGUUAAGCUGAGCAGAAGGUUCCGGGUAUUGAACAGGACCAUCGAACGGCACGUGAGGUGCGUGGAUAGGAAUGAUAGGACAGUUGAACUGGAGUACUUUAUGACGCCUGCAGAAUUUGACAAGAUCCUGAGAAUUCAGCUUGCGCAGGUGUCCAAGGACCCGAAGCUGCAGAGCUACACGGGAAAGUGGAACCUGUAUCACCUGGGAGUGAAGAAGCCGAAAAAUCAGGACCCAGAUUCAGUGAACGAAGAGUCAAAACAUACGACCUCAAUUAGACACGGAAGGAGGCUCAUAUACCUGGGAGGAGAGGCGCCAGGUUCGCCCAGCUCCUCGGAGAUAGAAAACAUGGCAGCAGAGACGGACCACAAGGUUAACAUGGAGAAGGAGGUGAGGUCGAGAAUCGAGUCGUGCUACGAGACGCUCUACGUGCUCUGCGACGUGGAACACGAGAUCGAAAAGUGCCCGAUGAACCACGUCUCGGCGCUCGACAAGAUGCAGCGAGACCGCGACGACUACCUCAACGAGCUGUUUAACAUGCUGACGGGAGACCCGGAGCUAUUCACAGGCCUCCUGAGCCUGAACAAGGGGAGAAACCUGACGACGAGGAUUGGCAGGAAGCUGGGCCUGGAGCAGAAGCUGCUGCUGCUCUGCACAGUGCUGGGCUGCGUCGACCAGUUCUACGAAAUAUGCCUCGACGUCGACGAGGCGCUGGAGAAGGAGCAGAGCCUGGCGAGCUUCGUGGAGCUGGCCACGAGCCCGCACAACCUGAAGUCGCUCGUGGCCUUCGAGGGCUCGGCGCUCGGCUGCGACACGGACUCGGAGGGCUCGAGGCUCCAGAACCUGCUCUUCAAGCACAGCUCGCACACGCGCAUGUUCCUCUUCCUCGUCGAGGGCAUCACGCUCACGGGGCACAUGUUCCUGCUCAAGGGAAAGGACGGGCGCCACACGGCGCUGCAGCGCUGCUCGAACAUCCUCAUCUCGGCGCAGAAGAACUACCGCGGCUUCGAGAAGGUGCUCACGACGCGGGCCGGCAUCAUGUUCACGAACAUUUUCUUCCAGCGCAUCAGGGACAACGCGGGCACGGUAGACCAGAACAGCAUCGACGUCCUCCUCCACUACACACUCGAGAUAUCGGAGCGCAUCGAGUCGAACCAGGCGGACUGGAACUCCCUGGCCUCAAACAUCGUCAAAAUGUUCUAG